UAGCGCUUGGCUAUUCACAGUGAUACCUUUCUGCGUUCUGCUUUGCACACUCCACUCCACGUGUUUAUAUCAGUUUAACUAAAAUAUCUUGGACUUUAAGUGACUUACCCUCAACUUUAGAAACAUGUCCAUGUUGGCCGAACCGAGAGCAAAAAAACGGAAAUACAAUGCUCAUUCGGCGAAAAUCAAUGCCAACUGGGCGCAAGAGACCAACAGUAUUGGUUUGAAAUUGAUUCAAAAAAUGGGAUGGUCGGAGGGCAAAGGCCUGGGUGUGAACGAGAGUGGCAAAGCUGAACCCUUGCAUAUAGCCUUCAAAGCUGACAAUAGAGGUUUAGGUUGUCUAGGUUUAGAGGGCGAUAUUGCUGUUGCCCAACAGAGAGGGUUUGAAGAACUUCUUGCAAAUCUUUCCCAAGAAAAUGGGACAUCAGAUGAUGUAGCCAAGUUCUCAGAAGAGAGAGAAACCAAAUCACUUGAAUCAAUGUCUGAAAAGUCAAGAGCCCGUGUGCAUUAUCAUAAGUUCACUCGGGGUAAGGAUCUAUCACGGGCCUCCAGUAAGGAUUUGGCCUGUAUUUUAGGAGUACCAGAUCCAGACUCUAGCCAGAGGAAACUUAAUGACGAUUUGGCUGAGGUGGCUGUAGGGCCUCAAAUUGAAUACCACAAUUUCCAAAGGCUAGAAAGCCGUGGGAGCAGUGUAGAUUAUUUUAACAAUUUGGCCAAAAAGAAGAAGGCUCAAGUGGAUCGAAGAGAUAAAGUGAACAAUGAGGAAGACAACAGCAGUGAAGAUGCUGCCUUGGUUGGUAAAGAAAAUGACCCUGGCAAUAACUCAAUUUUAGACAGUUCCUCAAAGGAACGAAGGAAAAGUGUCACAUGGGGUGAUGUUGAGGUUUCAUUUGUUUCAAAGUACAUAAAAGAUAUGGCUGAUACUUCAACAGAAUCGGUAAAUGACACAUCAUUAGAUGAGCUUCAAGGUAAUGAAGCUGAGGAAGUAAGAUUGGAAAAUGGGUAUGAAAAGAAAUCAAAGAAGAAAAAGAAAAGGAAGGACACUGAUGAACCUCUUGAUGACACAACACCCUCGAAUGUUGACUCUGUUCCAGAAAUUGUUGACCAGUGUCCAGAAGUCCCUCAAAACAAGAAGAAAAAGAAGAAAAAGGUACAGGAAACUGAAAUUAAUGAUAUCUUUGAUUGCAGUUCUUCAUUAGACAAUAGUACUCCAACAGUGAAAAAGAAGAAAUCGAAAGACAAAAGUAGAAAACUGGGUUCUCUGAGUAUUUCGGAAACAACUGUAGACAAUGCCAAUGGCGAUUUGGGCACAGAAAUUGGUGAUGAGUGCUCAGAAGUUCGUCAAAACAAGAAGAAAAAGAAGAAAGAGAUGCAGGAAACUGAAAUUAAUGAUAUCUUGGAUUGCAGUAGCCCUCCAAUAGCAAAAAAGAAGAAAUCUAAAGGCAAAAGUGGAAAACUGGAUGAAUCUCCAAGUAAUUUGGAAACAUCUGUAGACAAGGCCACUUGUGAUUUGGUCACAGAAAUUGUUGAUGGGUUCUCAGAAGACCAUCAAAACAAGAAGAAAAAGAAAAAGGAGAGACUCGAAAUCCUGGAUAAAAGUUUGGAUUGUAGUUCUUCAUUGGAAUACUCCGUUGUAGAAGAAAACACACCAAAAGUGAAAAAGAAGAAAUCUAAAGAUGUAAGUGGAAAAUCAAACGAAUCUCUCAGUACUUUGCAAACUUCUGUGGUCAAGGACAAUGAUAAUUUUGUUACAGAAGUUUCUGGCAAGUGCUUAGAAGUUCAGAAGAAACAGAAGAAAAAGAAAAAAGAUAUUCAGGAAGCAGAAAAUAAUUUAGACUGCAGUGUUGAUUGCAUUUCUUUUGUGAAUUCCGCCGCUUUUGAAGCCACUUCAAAAGGAACAAACAAGAAACCUGAAGAUAUAAGCGAAAGACUGGUUGACUCUCCAAGUACCAAGAAAAAUUCUGAGGACAAGGAAGUCAAGGCUGCAUCGGCAAGUAGCAACAUAAAAACUCUUAAAUUCAAGAAACUGAAACGAAAACUUGCCCAUUCAAGUGAUAACUCCAGGGAAAAUAUUGAAAUUGUCAACUUAGAGGAAAGAAAACAAAACAAAAGUAAAAGGAAGCAAAGUCCUGUGGAAGAUCAAUUUAUUGAAAUUGUUGAAGUUGUCAACCUUGAGGACGAAAGAGCAAACAAAAAGAAAAGGAAGCAAAGUCCUGAGGAAGAUCAAGCUACAAAUUUUGCACCUUUGGAAAAAAAAAGAAAAGGACCUGAUGUUGAAUUAUCUAAUAGUUCUACAGCAGAAUCGAAUGGUACACAUGCCCUCUCUGCGUUAACUUUGGAGCGGAUGGAGAAAUGGAAACAGCGCAAACAAUCGAAAAAAGGGAAUUCUGUCCUAGAAAAUAAAACUGAACCUGUUGAAACUAAAAAAAACACAAAACAGAGAAAAAAGGAGGGAAAGAAGGACGAAGAGGAAAAAAUUGUCAUUAAAUUAAUGCCUUCAUUAGAUUUUACUUCAGAUAAAAGUAUUGUAAAUUAUAAUCACAGAAAACUUUAUGCAGCUCUGGGUUAUAGCGUGAAAGAUGCCACAGAUAAAGUUGCUACUAUUGUGAUGCCUCCAACAAAAAUCCCUGGUUCCAAUUUAGAUUCAAUUCUUGGAUACGGGGUACAGUGUUCGUGAUUUUUUUUGUGUUAAACCUUUACCAGUGUGAUGACUGUGCUGUUCAUGUGGACUAUUAAAUUGUAUGCAUUUUUGCAUAUAUUAUAUUUGAGGAAGCCUUGACGGUCUUCUAUUCUGCAUUGUACAUUGUUGUUUGUAAAUUUUGUAACAUGUUCGUCAAUUGUUGUCAGCCUUACCGACUCUUCAUUCAUUUUAAUUAAAAUGCAUACUCAUUGUUGUAAAA